AUGACGAUAAAAAGUGCUGCUGAAUCUCCUUACAAAUCGAAAGUCACUGGAAUUGGUCCAUUGGAUUCGGGUAAAUGGAUCCAAUUGCGCAAAUUGGAAUAUGUUGAUCCUAAAGGGGCUGAAAGAACUUGGGAAAUGGCUAUUCGUACUACAAGAGGAGAACCUCAGUUAGAACCGGGAAAUGAAGCAGAAGAAGUUGUUGAUGGGGUUGCAAUUGUUACCAUUCUUAAAGCUCCCGGACAACCGGAUCAAUUGGUUUUAACCAAACAAUUCCGUCCCCCAGUGGGUAAAGUUGUAAUUGAACUUCCUGCUGGACUUUUAGAUCCUGGUGAAACAGUGGCCACCACUGCUGUAAGAGAACUCAAAGAGGAAACUGGGUAUGUAGGAACAUUUAUAAGACAACUGAGAGUUAUGUACAGUGAUCCUGGAUUGACUAAUGCUAAUAUGAGAUUAGCCUUUGUUCAUGUUGAUUUGACUGAUCCAGCCAAUAAGAAUCCUUCAGCCGACUUACAAGAAGGUGAAUUCAUUGAAACCUUCUGCGUAUCUAUUCCUACCAUAUUGCAAGAGUUAGAUCUGAUAAUGGAUAAAGAAGGCUGUACAAUUGAUGCCAGAUUACACCAUUUUGCCAUGGGGUUGCUGAUGAGCUAA